UCACUUCCUGCAUCGGCAUCAUUGUUGGAUUGUAAAUAUGGCGACCGCUGGAGCAGCUGGAGAAGAUCUGAAGAAAGAGCUCACGUGUGCUAUUUGCUUGGACUUCUUCAAAGACCCUGUCAUACUGAAAUGUGGACAUAAUUUCUGUAGAUUUUGUAUCUGCAUGCACUGGGAUGAAAAUGGCGGAGACUACGGGUAUCAGUGUCCUCAAUGCCGGACGGUGUUCAACAAGAGGAGCUUCACUAAAAACUACCUGGUGCAAAACCUUGUGGCCAAACUGGAUGAUUUCGAGCAUCUGGGGUCUUGUUCUCCUCCGUCUAAGCCCGUUAAAGUAGAUGGAAAGUGUGAACAACACGGAGAAGAGUUGAAACUUUACUGCCAAACUGACAAGAGACCCAUCUGUGUAGUCUGCAGAGAAUCAAGAGCACACAGACAUCAUGAUGUGGCCCCAUUGUCAGAAGUAGUGAAUGAUAUGAAGAUUGAGUUGAAAGUGAGACUAAUGGAGCUGAACUGGCAGAAAGGUCAAUGCAUCCAAGUUAGAACAACAGAUGAGCGCACUAAAAAUGAAGUGCGGCUGAAGAAGCAGAGACUCAAAGAAAAGAUUGAAGCAGAUGUCGGUGCCUUGGUCCAGUUCUUGUUAGAUGAGAGAGACUCUCUCCUUGAAAGCUUGGAUGCUGAGGAAGUGGCCACCAUGGCAGUCAUAGAAGACAAUCUAAAGAUUGUAGAGACAGAAGCAUCAGCUGUGGACAAAGCCAUUGCGGAUAUCCAUGGGCACAUGAGUGCGAAAACUAGCUUCGAGAGCCUUGCGGAGUCUUUCAAUGAAGCGAUUCACUGCAAGCCUUUCACAUCCCUCGAGCCAGUUAACUGUUUGCCUGAAUUUACAGACUUCUCAGGGCCCCUACAGCUCAUCAUGUGGAAGAAAAUGAUGCAUGUGCUGCACACCAUGCCUCAGAACCUCACUUUAGACCCAGACACCGCUCAUGCAAACCUGCUUAUCUCAGACUUCGACACCAAAGUAGAGGAGAGUCGUGUUCGUAACCAGGAGCCAGACCUGCCUGGCCGCUUCACCCGGUUCUGUGGGGUCCUUGCCACAGCCCAGUAUGCCAGCGGCCAACAUUACUGGGAGGUGGACGUGAGGGACAAAGGUGUGUGGUACCUGGGAGUCACCACAGAGUGCAGCAACAGGAAGGGCUUCGUCAGCCUCACUCCCUCCGCAGGAUAUUGGAGCCUGUGUCUGCAGGACAGGCUUUAUGCCAAUGAAGAGGACGGGCGCAUUCCUGUUGCCGAUUACUGGAACUGUCCUCGUGUGGGUGUGUACUUGGACUACGACAAGGGGCGUCUUAGUUUCUAUGAUGCUGUCACUAUGAGGAGGCUGUACAUGUUUGACACCUGCUUUGAAGAGCCUGUUUACCCUUUCUUUAGCCCAGGGAAAAAUGAUCCAGGCAGCAGACUGCAAAUAUGCCACUAUUAUUGAGGGCACUACGACAAGUGGUUACAUUAAGGUUUUGCCUGUUGGCAAGGCUUCUUCUCAUGCUCCAGGCUGGAGUGAUGGCGUUAUGUUGAGCUUUGAAACAUGUAUUUUAAGCUUUUGAGCAGUUACUUAAUGGUCUUACUUGAUCUGAAACAUCUGGUUUACACACCAAAACACAAACUAGCCAGGUGUCUUGUCACAUCUGGUAUAAAUUUAGUUAUUUCCAACAUGGACACACACUGUAGGCACAUACCCCUGAUUGAUGUAGUGAGGGGUUGAAGAGGUGCUUGGUUGUCUGUAUCACUGUGUCUGCAGGGUUGCAGAUACUCUUGCUGAUUAAAGCAUAUACAGUCCAUAUCCUGUUAGCAGCCACUAUGCCAUAGUACUGUACGUUAGCUCAUAUUAGUUCUAGGUUUUUGCCAUGCAGGGUCACUGUUGGGUAGAACUUAAAGAACAUAUGACAAAAUUAUCACAUUGAUAGUAAAGAUAAAAUUUGGCCCACUUGUCGAGAGAUUUCAGCUCUCGUACAAUAAAUAGAUUUCAAAGAGUGAGUGAUCAAAUGUGGUUGUUUGUGCAAACAAAGAAUUUUUAUCACAAGCUUUUCAAAAAAACAUUUAUCUUUUUUUAAAAGUUGUAUACAUACACACAUUUUUGGACUGAUGCAAUUUCUACUUCUGAGUCACAUUUUGCGGCACAUUUUUUUUUUUUUUUUUUUUUUUUUUUUUUCUUUUUCUUUCAUUUUGUGAUACCGAAGGCACGAAGGCAUGUUAUUUACUUUGGUAAGGACACUCAAACUGGCCAGAACAUUUCAUCCAUCUGUGAGAUAAGACUAAGAGUACAAUUUUCCAAUACUAAAACUGCUAAACAUUAGCAAGGGUAUGUUGUAAUUUAGUAUGGGUAUGUUGUAGCUUGUAGAAAAUUUGCUGAUGACAUUCCAUGAACGACUGUAAUUAAGAGCAAAACCUGCUGAAUCUGACUAAAAUAAAAAGUUAGGGAGUGCUAAGGUUUUUUGUUGUUUGCUUUGUUUUCUAUAAAAUGCUUCUGACAUUUUUUGUCCUGCUUUUUAAUAUUCUUUAUCGUUUAACACACAUUUUUAUUGUAGAAUUCAUGUGCACAUGUGUUCAGGCAUAUAUCUACAUUUUUCCCUUCCUUUGGAAGUGUAUGAUUUUUUUUUUUUAAAUAUAUAUUUACAAGCUAUUAUUGAGCUGUCGUUUUUAAGUUGGUCCCUUAUUUUUAACCAUUAGAAAUAAAAUGUCCUUACAAGUUUCAACUGAAAAGGUGUCUCUUUUGCUUUAAGUAUUUGCUGAUAAAUGUUUUGUCGAAGGCUCUGUAUCUUAUUGCUGGAUUUUAUCCAUGCAUCCAGCUUUGUGUCUUAAAGUGUGACUUGGAAAAAUAUCUUGUAAUUGUUUCAAGAUUAAAAGAGUCAAAUUAUU